AUGGCUUAUAAGGGAAAAUAUAUAGAUCGCAGUCCCAAUAUUAGCGCAGAAGGCAAAGUUUUCGGGCCUAAUGAGUUUGUAGCCGAUUCAAUGAAAUUUUAUUCAGAUGACGAGAUGGUCGCAUCUAUAAUGCGAAGUAAAUGUGCAGAUGCGAAAAUUAAGCGAAAUCUUUCGAGUAUUGCGUUUCUGCCAUGUUUUUCGGAGGAUUCAAUGAAGUACAUAUUAAGUCCCGAGGUGAGGAAAACGCGUUGGACGAUCUUCCGAGAAAAGUUUAUGGAGGAAAAUUUUUUUAAAAAACAUGAACUUGGUAAACCAAUUUCGGCAAAUUCAAAACCAAAGGAGUUCACCAACGAGAAUCGUACGUAUGGUAUGAAGACGCCACGUUCAGAGAACAUAUUGGAUCUGAUAUUGCCCAAGAGGACGGCGGACCAGGUGAAUCGUGAAUACAUCGACUUCCACGAUAAAUACGUGAUCUCCCACAAUCAUUAUUUACCCUCAGAACAAGUUAAUAGACGUUAUGGGAAAAAUUUUGAUAAACGUUCCACGUUUGGUGUUCCUUAUAAUGCGGAUAUUGCGGGUAGAAUGGUUAAGAAGUGCUUGCAACACUCCACGAACGGGGAGAUGGUUAGUAGGGCACAUAAAAAAUUUCUAAAUCGCACCCACCCCCAACUGGGACAACGGUUGAAUAGAUACGAACUUGAAAUAGAUCCUAACGUAACAUUGGGCAAACCUUGUUUAUUAGAUCAUUGUGACGCUCGAGACUUACUUGAAGAUAUUAGCCCUUGUCACGAAGUGGGUACAUACACAGCUAUUGCUUAUGUCCAUACAGUGCGUCACAAUCUGUUCAAACGCGACGAUUUCCAAAUGCAAGAUUUGAAGUCGUAUUUUCGCUUAUACGACAACAACAAUACAGGUUACCUAAGUUUUCACGAUAUCGUGAGUGCAAUGGGCGAUUUGCUAAUACACGUAAAUAGGGACAAAUUACGUCUGGCAGCUUCAGUUUUCAAUAUGUUUGUCGAUGAGGGUUUGCCAACCGAACGUAUCGAUAUAGAGAGGUUUUGGAGAAUGCUACACAUUCAGUACCCCCUGCCACAUGUCGACUCUAUUAGAUCGGAUAUGCAUAAUAAAGAGACCACGUAUCGAUUAUUUGUGAAGGACCGUGAAAAAUCGAUAGAACCGCUUCUUGUACCUCUUCAGCUUAAGCCAAAUGAUGACUCGCGAACUGGAGUUGGUGAUUUAAUUUCACCCGGAAUUCCAUUACAAUUUGGUUUGGGUCCCAGCGAUUUUGAAACACUGCGCUCAAAAGAGCAGUUGCGGCAAAUUUUCAAACGUGUACUAGUCGAUAAUUUUGAAACGAUCUGGAAGGUAACGCGAACGAAACUAAAGAGGGAUGAGAAUUGCAAAAUCUCAAUAAAUGAAUUGCGUAAAACUAUUGACGAACAAGCGACCUCAAGCAUCUAUCAGGAUUAG